UAUUUAUUCCUGUGGUCCUAGAAACUCUUUCCGCUCAGGCUGGAUAUGAACUCGAUCAAGUGACUCCCUGCAAUGUUACAGUUACCGAUUAUAAAUGCGUUACACGUUUCGGUGAAAGUUUUAUCUACACUGAAUCAUAUUCAUUAUAUAUGAUCUCAAUAUCUGUAUUAUUUCAAGCGAUUCUAUUUAUUAGUUGCGGUUCUCUGGCUGAUCAUGGAAAUUCGCGUAAAAAAUUUCUUUUGUCUUUUUCUUUUGUUGGCGCACUUUCGACAAUUGCAUUUAUAACUGUUGUUGAUCCUAAAUUAUAUUGGUUGGCUGGAUUAUUUACUAUUAUAUCAAAUUGUUGUUACGGUGCUGCAUUCCUCUUCUUCCUAGCAUAUAUUCCAAUAUUUUCUCGAUGUCAUUCGGAUGUCAUCAAAGCAAAACAUUCUGGUGCAUCUUCUGCUGAAAUCAAAGCGUUGGAAGAUAAAAUUGCCACACAAUUAUCUUCUUAUUCAAUGGUCGCAGAUCUUACUGGUGGUUUGGUAGUAUUAAUUGCAGGAUUAGGAAUACUUUUAGCAAUGAAUGACUUGACCAAUUCGAUUGGUUUUCGGCUUGCUUUAGUACUUUGUGGUGUAUGGUGGCUGUUUUUUCUUAUUUUUCCCACAAUGUGGUUGACUAGUAGACCUAGGCCGCCCUUAACUAGAGGUGUAAAUUAUUUCGUAUAUUCAUGGAAGCGUGUAGGAAAAACGUUAAUGUCAACUCGCGAACUUUGGCAAACUAUGAAACUUCUUUUCGCCUGGUUUUUUAUAUCAGAUGGGCAAAACACAAUAAUAACAGUUUGCGUUCUAUUUGGUAAAAAAACUCUUGGAAUGUCAGAUACGGAACUCUCAAUAUUUGCCAUAAUUGUUCCUAUAUGUGGUGUAAUAGGUAUGAGUUUAUUACCAUUAUAUGCUAUAUUAGGAUUUUGGUUACCAUUUGGAUUGGUAAACAAGUGGGAGGUUUGGAUGUACUUGGUAUUGUUUGGAUUGCUCGUUGGAUCUUUACAAGGUUAUUGCCAGGCUUGUUUCGCUAUUAUUUUACCCGAAGGACACGAAAAUGAGUUUUUCUCUUUGUUUCAGAUUACUGCAAGG